CCAUCCAAUGUGCUUCCCAUCCUAGAAAGUUUUGGAAAUGCAAAGACUGUCCUGAAUGACAACUCCAGCCGUUUGGGAAAAUUCUUGCAGGUCCAUUUGAAACAUGGUUUCAUUGUGGGUACAUUGAUCUCUCAGUACCUUUUGGAAAAGUCUAGAGUUGUUUUUCAGGGAUGUGGUGAGAGAAGCUUCCAUGUCUUUUAUGAGCUAUUGGCUGGCCUGCCGACAGAACAGAAAGAAAAACUGUAUUUGCAAGAGCCGGAGACUUACUUUUAUCUCAAUCAGGGUAGAACAUGCAAGGUUUCAGGAAAAUAUGAUGAUCAGGAUUUUCUAGUCUUGAUUAAAGCUCUCCAGAUGAUUGGUCUUUCUGAAGACCAACUGACUUCCAUCUGGGCAGUCCUUGCUGGAAUCCUGCAACUAGGAAAUAUCUGCUUUACCUCCUUUGAGAAAGAAUCCUUUGAGCCUGUGGUCAUCCCCAGUGAAACUGAAAUCCAGAUUGUUGCCAAGUUGCUGCAUGUUUCGGCAGAUCUUCUUCACAGAGCCAUCACUCAUCGAGUCACUGAAACACGUUAUGACCAGAUACUCACUCCAUUGUCAGUAGAAAGUGCUAUAGAUGCCAGGGAUUCUAUAGCCAAGGUUUUGUACUCUCAGCUGUUUGAUUGGCUGCUGCUGAAAAUCAAUGAGUGGCUAGCUCCCUUGGAAAUGGACAGCACCGUUGGCAUUGUUGACAUGCAUGGAUUUGAGGAUCUUGGGAUGAACAGCCUGGAACAGCUGUGCAUUAAUUUUGCCAAUGAACAUCUCCAGCACUUCUUCCAUCAGAUAGUUGUCACCCAAGAAGAGGAGGAGUAUACCCAAGAAGAUCUCCUCUGGAGUCCUGUGUCUAAGAUGCCUUCUGAAUUGUGCCUGGAUCUGGUAGCUGCAAAACCCCACGGGAUCUUGCAUAUCCUGGAUGAGCAAACUCUCCUGUCACAGGCUACAGACCACACCUUUCUUCAGAAAUGCCAUUACCGUCAUGCCAACAAUCGUUGGUAUGUCAAGCCAAAUCUUCCUUUGCCUAUCUUCACUGUACAACAUUAUGCAGGACCAGUUACUUACCAGGUUCACAAGUUUCUGAAUAAAAAUCAUGACCAGUUACGCCCAGAGAUCCUGGACAUUUUUUCCCAGAGCCAUCUCAAGCUGGUGUCCAGCCUUUUCCAGAAUGUCAGGGAACAGCAAAUCAACCAGAGAGAGUCACAUAGUAGAGUCCAAAGGCUAAAGCAUCAAGCAUCUACAUUAGUGUCUAGAUUCCAGCAAUCCUUACAAGAUCUCAUUACUAAAUUAGAGAGGAGCCAUGUUUUCUUUGUUCAGUGCAUCAAACCUAAUUCCAAAAAGGUGCCAAACACCUUUGAUACGGAAUACGUGGCUUGUCAGUUAAGGCAUUUGGGGAUUUUAGAAGCCGUUUGUAUCAGGAAAGGGGGCUAUCCUAUCCGCAUCUCAUUCCACCAUUUCCUAACUAGGUAUGGAGUCUUGGCUGGCCAAGGUCCCAGCUGCUUGCAGAAGAGAGAUGGCUGUGCUGCUGUGCUUUCCCAGGUGGUGGGAGAUAUCUCAGGGCUCUAUCAAAUUGGAGUCACCAAGGUGUUCUUGAAAGAAAAGGCACGGCAAAUGCUAGAGAGGCAGCGAAACCAAAAGCUGACCUGGGCCAUUGUCACCCUCCAGCGCAAUCUCCGGGGCCUCAUCAACCGUCGGCAGUUCCAGGUCUUCAGGCAGAAGAUCACAGUGAUCCAGGCUCACUUCCGAGGUCAUCUGGCAAGAAAACGAUACCAAAGAUUGAAGAAAACUCUGCUACAGUUUGGGGUGGCCAUACUUGUUUCUGGGCCACUGGUUCACACAAUGAGGCACUACAAGGUAAUAAAGUUAUUGACAAUGAGAGAGGAAGAUUUAAUAUAACCCUCUUCCUGAUGUGCCACAUUAUUACAAGCAAAAAGUGUUGUGGAAAGAGAACCACACUGAGGAGAAAUAACCAAACAUUUAUUUAACAAGCGUUGGGUCCCAACUUUACAUGAAAGAGAAACCCUGAACAAUAGGAAAGCAAAGAUUUUUACAGAAAUUUGAGGGCUGCAGGGUGGGAAAUCCUAGAGAUCUGAUUUGUUGACAGCUUUUGGGAAAGUUAAGCAAGUCCUUCUCCUUUUCCAUGAGAUUAUUUCCAUGAGGUUAGAUGGAGCAGCCCUUUCAGGGGGGCAGCUGAGCUGGGGAAGCCCACUGUUAAGGAGAUGGAACCUUAAGGUAAUCAGGGGAAUGUCCCUGAUUGAGGACUGACUGCUGGGGUUUCACUGUGCUGCAGUUCUUUUGUUAAGGCUGCCCUUGGGCUGUACUGUGAGCUGGUGAGGAGG